UGACAAAAAGAGAAAAGAGGAAGAGGAAGAAAGAGAUUGAAACUACUCACCUGUGAUCUCAUUAACCAUGGAGGAAGCAGUUUUCAGCCCACCCAUUGACGAAGGGAGAUGGGUAAGGCAAGGUCCCAGGAGCUUAGAGUCGGGACACACUUCAAGCCAAGUAGCAAUUAUUUAUUUCACUCCUAAGAUCUUUCAAGUCCCCAAACCCUUGAAAGAAAGCAAGCCAGACGCCUACACCCCACAAACACUUGGCCUGGGACCAUACCAUCAUCUCCGGCCCGACCUCCACCGCACCCACCAGAAAAAGCUUGCCCAGAUCAGCUUGUUUCAGGCUAGAGGCGGAGACUCACCCAAGACUCAAUUUUUCUCCCAAGAAGCCUUGAGAAGGGUGAGGGAUAUUGAGCCUUUGGUUCGAGUCCAAUAUGACAAGUACUUGGAUCUUGAAGGCUCCACCUUAGAGCACAUCUUCCUCCUCGAUUCUUUCUUCUUGUUUGAUUUCCUUGGUCUCUACAAAGAGAACAUGGACGUCUGGAAGUUCGAUACGGGCCACAAAGAAGUUGUGAAGGACGUUUUAAUGUUGGAGAACCAAAUUCCCAAAAAAGCACUUGAGGAGGUCGGGAAGGAAAUAGGGCUGUUCUCACCUGAAAGAGACACCACUACAAAAAUGCUGUAUGCCCAACUCUUUUACUGCUUCUGCAAAGCCCACUCUCCGCUCAAGCUGUCGGAGUGGGCGUGCAUUGACGGGUGGGGGACACAUCACCUCCUGAGCUUUAUGUAUUCUAGCAUUAUUAGUAAUCGUCCUAUUACACCAGAAGAGGAAAAAUUGCAAGAUCCCGAGGCCAUGGGAGUGACAACGAGACGGAGGAUUGAAAGGGCUUUGAGCGAGCUAAGACUUGGAGGACCCUCGAUGCAGUCGUUUUUAGGGACCCCCGCCGUCGCAAAAAACAAGAAACAGGAACGAAAGACAAGAGUGAUUAGCCGCCGUGUCAUUCCUUCGGCGACAGAGCUGUCCAAGAUGCACGAGGUGGUUUUUAGGGUGUUGAAACCGGAUGAAGGGAUUGGGAAUAUCGGAUUCACCCGCCACCUGGAGGGCGAAAAACCCACGAUUCAUCUCCCGGAAAUCACAUUCAGAUUCGAUUCCGAGGUGAUCUUGAGGAACCUGUUGGCGUAUGAAGCUGCGGUCGAUGGGCCGGAACCUUUGGGUAGAUAUGUUGACCUGAUGAUUGACUUAUUGCAGACAGCGCAAGACGUGGCCAUGCUCCGACAGAGGGGAAUCGUCAAGGGGGACACGGUCAGUGACGGGGAAAUCGUUGAAAUCUUCCGCGGGAUUGGUAAAUCUGGGGCGAACCCGACCUUGUGGUCUACAACCACGAGGGUGGUGGACGAAGUGAAGAGCAUGGUAGAUGAAUCGAAGAUGACUGUGUUGGUCAAAAAUUGGACUCCCAUGGGCUUUUAAGAAAACUACUAUGAAAGACAUUCAAACAAGAAUGAGGAAAGUAACACCAAAAUGGAAAGUUGCAAAAGAGAUUUAGUUGCAUGAAAUAACUCAUGUUAUCAAUAAUAAUGACUAAUUAAUUAAAGAGAAAAUGGUCAUACAUGAGACUAAUGAAGACUGAAUAAGCUGACAUAGGACUGCUUUUGUUCUUAGGAUGUUUUUACUUGGACUGUAAUUUGCUGGUCUGGUCUGGUCUGGUAAGGUCUGGUUUCUUUGUAUUUUUAUAACUAUCCAAGUCUGGUCUGGUCUGGUCUGGUCUGAACUGGUCUGGUCUGGUCUGGACUGGUCUGGUCUGGUCUGGUCUGGGACAAAUUACAGUCCAAGUAAAAACAUCCUUAAUCCUAAACUAGUAUUGUACUCGUGCGAUGCAUAGACAAUAGUAUUUGUAUAUAUUAUACUCCGUAUAAGUAUUUAAAAGUCAUGAUGAAGAUAUGUUUAUUUUGAAUGCAAGUGAUUAUUAAGAAAAGAGACCUGA